UUGAAAUUAAAUAUACACAAUUAUUUAUCAACAAUGAAUGGCAUAAAGCUACUAAAGGAAAAACUUUUCCUGUCAUCAAUCCAAGUACAGGAGAAGAAAUUUGUCAAGUAGAAGAAGGCACAAGAGAAGAUGUUGAUAAAGCAGUUGAAGCUGCUCGUAAAGCUUUUGAUAUCGAAUCACCUUGGCGUAAGUUGGAACCAGCUGCACGUGCAAAUUUGAUAAGAAAAUUUGCUGAUCUUCUUCGACGUGAUAUCGACUAUUUAUCAAAAUUAGAAACACUCAACAACGGUAAACCUGUAGGUGAUAGCAAAGGUGACAUUCUUGGAUCUGCUGCCUGUAUCGACUACUAUGCUGGUUGGGUUGAUAAGAUUGCUGGUGAAACUCUUCCUGGAGCACAUGAUCAAUUUAUAUACACUCGUCAUGAACCGAUUGGUGUAUGUGGACAAAUCAUUCCAUGGAACUAUCCGAUUAUGAUGAUGGCUUGGAAAUUUGGACCUGCGUUAGCGUGUGGAAAUGUCAUUAUUCUCAAACCAGCUGAACAAACACCACUCACCGCACUCUAUUGCGCUGCUCUUCUUAAAGAGGCUGGAUUUCCACCAGGUGUUGUCAACGUUAUACCAGGUGAUGGACCUGAAUGUGGUAAUGCAAUUGCAUCACAUGAACAUAUCGAUAAGGUCGCAUUCACUGGUUCAGUUGAAAUAGGAAAGAAAAUUCAAGAAGCAGCAGCUAAAUCCAACCUCAAACGUGUUACACUUGAACUUGGUGGAAAAUCUCCAUUAAUUAUUUGUGAAGAUGCUGAUAUUGACUAUGCUGUUAGUGUUGCUCAUCGAGCUAUUUUCACUAAUGCUGCACAAAAUUGUACUGCUGGUUCUCGUACAUUUGUUCAUGCAAAAAUCUAUGAUCAAUUUAUUGCUAAAAGUAUUGAAUUAGCCAAAAACCGUGUUGUUGGUGAUCCGUUCGAUUCAAAUACUGAACAAGGUCCCCAAAUCAAUGAAAGUCAAUUUAAAAAAAUAUUGGAUUAUGUUGAAGCUGGUAAAAAAGAUGGAGCUAAAUUGGAAUGUGGUGGUGAACGACAUGGCAAUAAAGGUUAUUUUAUUAAACCAACAAUCUUUAGUGGUGUCAAAGAUGAUAUGAGAAUCGCACGUGAAGAAAUUUUUGGUCCUAUAAUGUCAGUAUUAAAGUUUGACUCAUAUGAUGAGGUUAUCAAACGAGCAAAUAGCACAUCUUUUGGUCUUGGUGCCGGUGUCAUAACCAAAGAUUUAACUCGUGGUUUGACAUUUGCUCAACGAUUAGAAGCUGGUUCUGUUUGGGUAAAUGAUUAUGAUGCUAUCAUCAAUCAAGCACCUUUUGGUGGAUUUAAACAAUCAGGUCAUGGACGUGAAUUAGGAAAGUAUGGUCUUGAAUCAUACUAUGAAGUCAAAACAGUUGUUGUCAAACUUAUUUAA